AUGGAGUGGGCGUCGCCGCCGGUCCCGCUCCCUCUCCUCGCGAAUCCCAAGGCGUACGCCGCCGUCCUGGCGCUGAGAUGCGAAUCCGACAACCCAGCGCAUCUGACGGAGAAGGAGAGUGCGUUGAUCAGCUCUUUCCGCGAGAGAAUCCCGCUGUGGAGGCAGCAGGCAGAGAGCGACGCGUCAGUGGACAACGCAACAGAGAGGGCCGCCAAAUUCGAAGACAGGCUGGCAUCCAUGUUGGACGAUUUCGAUAACGACCCCGAGAGCCAUGGCGGGCCCCCAGAUGUCAUGGUAUCCGGUGCUGUGUGGUGGUAUGCGGUGGUGGUGUGUGGUGGUAUGUGGUGCUGUCUGCUGUACCGGCUGAGAGACAUCUGUUUGCGGGAGCUAGGCUUUGAAGACAUUUACAGACACGCCAAGGGCGAGUCAACAAGCAUGGCCCUACAGCAGCUACUAGCCGUCCUUGCAGCGGUGGAUGACAUCAGCAAUCACGUCACCCGCUCCGAAGCCCUCAUCCGGGGCAUGCUGGCCGGCAAUCUGGCCGCUCUGGACGGCGCGGACCCCUCAGUUGGGACAGCGGACUUUUUGUCUGUUUCUGACAGUCUGCCGGCCAAACCAUGGGCGGCAGAUGACAUGGGGGCGGCGGUGCAGACAUGGAGCAACCAAGGGGAGGGCAAGUGGAGCAAGGCUGUGGUGUUGUGUGCAGGGGCGGGCAGGGAGACGGUACUGGGGUUGCUGCCAGCAGUGAGGGACUUGACUAGACGAGGCGUGAAGGUGGGUGGGGAUGGGUGUGAGUGGGUGGGGGUUAGUGUGCUUCUGGUGGUGCCAGACAUGCCUUCAGGUGCCGCCAUCACACACGAGGACCUGAUGAAUCUCCUGAAGCAGGUGCAAGCAGCAGCACCAGAGGAUGACAUCAGCAUGGCCAUCAGCAAUGGUCGCAUCCUUGUCCUCAACUCCGGAUCCGACCUUCAGGCGCUUGACCUAUCUGCUGUUUCACCUGAGCUCGCCUACGCCGCAUCGGAUGCAGAUGUCAUCAUUUUAACCAGGAUGCCUCCGCAACGAAGCUCACGCGGCAAGGGAAAGGAGAAGGUUAGCGAUGAUGAGAAAACACCUGACCCCCCCUACGUCGCAUGGAUGAAAGAGCAGCAAAAGCAGGGGAAGCCGUCCCCAUCUAUCAAGCGUAUGGCUAAGGCCGUACGCGAAACUGCGGGCGCCAGCAGUAGCCGAAGUUCUCGGCAUGACUAUCCCGACACAGGCGCCGAUACUGACGUCUCUGAUGACGAUCUCGAGGAGAUCGUCUCGGAGUCGGAUAGUGAUGCCGACUCAGCCGAUUACAAACGCGGCACUGAAGAGGACGAGGAAGAUACUGAUGGAGGCGACGACGGAAGCGGUGAUGAGCGCAGCACACGACCGUCGAAGAAGGAGCAUCGGGCUCCUUCGUCCCGCAACAAGCGCGUGUGGUCGGACGCCGAGUUGACGUCCCUGGCGGCCGCUCGUUGGAACACUAAAGACGACCUCAAGGCUAUGCAGGGCAAGCAGGGGAGCCAGUACUGGAGGAAGCUCCGCGCCCACAUGCUUGAGAAGGACAAAAAUUGGGACCGCGAUGAGGGACAGAUGUCCAAUGCCUAG